AUGGAUCAAAGACAACAGCAAUUUCUUCUUCAGCAACAAUUACGCGGGCAAAAUUCUAUCUCGCAACCGCAAAUGAUUCAACAAUAUGGUAUCUCUACAAUACCUACUAUCGGUCAACUGUCUAAUGUUCAAAACAUCCCUCCUCUCGGUGGGUCCAUUAUGCCUGCUGGAGUUAUUGCUUUAAGUCAAAGAAUGAUGCCGCAGCAAAAUCCCCAACAGCAAUAUAACACCUCGGGACUACAGGGAAAUGCUAAAAUUCCUUGGGCCGUUACUCCCGAAGAAAAAGUGCAAUAUAGGGAUAUUUUUAAGGCUUGGGAUACUGAAGGAAAUGGAUAUAUAUCUGGUGAUAAAGGACGAGAAGUUUUUUCUCAAUCUGGUCUACCUUCUAAUGUUUUGAGUCAAAUUUGGAACCUUGCUGAUCCAAACAAUCAGGGAAGACUUAACCAAGAUGAGUUUGCAGUGGCCAUGCACUUAAUAUAUCGAAAGCUAAAUGGAUAUGAUGUUCCAACGACUCUUCCACCUGAACUGAUUCCUCCUUCUUCACGAGACUUUGCUGAAAGUGUUGAUUUAGUAAAGAAUAUUCUCGCGACAGACCUCCACAAUCAAAGAACUGGUUUAGCACCAUCUAGCUCUCCUUACGUAAAGUCAAGAAGCUUCACAAACAAUCAGGUCAUAGAUAUACCUACAGAUGCUGUAAGCUAUAAACACGAGGAUAAUGAUGUUGGAUAUGUUUCAUCGGCAAGAAGGCAAAUUCCGUCAGUUAAUCGGGAAUACUCGAACUCUCCUUAUUCCUCAUCUAUAUUAUCAUCGAGAUCUGAUCGCGAAAAAUCAUCUACAAAUUUAGCGGACCUUCGAAAGCAAAUUCACGAGAAAGAGAUUUUAUUAGAAGCUUUGUCAUACAGUACUGACACAGCACCAAUAGCAUCCUAUAAUUCGACUGAUGUUGAGGAAAUAAAAAGACAUAUAAAAAAUUUACAAUCUCAAUUAGUGUCUCUAAAGUCAAAUAUUAAUCAGGACUGGCAGUUUAAAGAAAUUAGCAGAAAUUCUGAUGAAUUGAACUCUUUAUUAGAUAGAAAUCAUAAUUUAGAAGAUGAACUUAAUAAUCUUUUGUAUACUACCAUUCCGGAUAUUAUACGUAAAGUGCGAGAUACAGACAACAAAGUAGCAGAAGCCAAAAUAGAAUUAUUUAAAUUGCGUGAAUCACGUAGUAGCGAUGAUAAUAAUAUAGUUGGAACAGGUCCUGGUGGCUCUAUUACACAAGCUGAUCGAAUUCAGGCAAAAGCCGCAGAAAUGUUACAAGCACGUCUGGCAGCUAUUACUGGGAAACCUAUAUCUAGUAUUAGUGAUAGCGCAUCUAAUCCGGGUGCUGCACGAAGAUUGGAAGAAGAAACAAUAAAAGUGAAUGCUGAUAAAGCAAACAGAGAACAUCGUAUUUCAGACAUUGAACAAACAAUAUCUAGAUUACAGGAUACCAUAAUUCGUAUCUCUAGAGAACGGGAUGACGUGGAAUCUAAACUUCAAUUGGACGGUUUCCGUUUAUCUAAAGAAGAUAGAAAUAAAUGGGAGGAUGGUAUUGGUGUCAAUGAUGAGGUUAGGAGAUUUAUUGAAGAACUUAAUCGUGAAGAUUUAAAAAUCAAAACGAAAGCUUCUCAUAAUGAAACUGAUUAUGAAUCACGUUAUUCAUAUGGUGGCGGUGGAAGUUCUUCUGUCAUAUCCACACAUUCUACUCCGACUUCAACUACUUCUAGCUACUCUUCAUUUAGUAGCUCGGUGCCAAGUUCUUCAUUGAAAGGAAAAACCUCCGAAGAACGCGCUACAUUUAUUAAAGCAGAAGCAGAACGUAGAAUGCAAGAAAAAUUAAAAGCAUUCGGUAUAGCGUCACCAGCUCUAGAUUCCAAACCAACUCCACCUCCAGUUUCUGAAUCCCCAUCGAUCACGGAUCGUUUGCUUCGUGAAAGAGCAGAAGCCAACGAACGAAUAGCGCGCGCAGAACGAGAGGCCGAAGAGCGAGAGCGCAUUCGAUCAGAACGACUUUUAGCUGAGAAACAGAAGAAAGCCGAAGAAGAGAAUGAAAGGGCUCGUAGACUAGAAGAAUACAAAAGAAAAGAUGACGAGCGACGUAAACAAUGGUUAUUGGAAGCUGAAGAGCUUAAAGAAUCUAAAGAUAAAAAAACUCGAGAAAAAGAAGAAGCAGCGCGUUUGCGUGAAUUAGAAAAUGAACGUAAACGAUUAGAAGAAGCCGAAAAAGAAAAACGAGAAAGAGAAGAACAUCUUGCUCGUAUAAAAAGAGAAGCUGAAGAACGCGCAGCAGAAGAAGAACGUUUACGUAAAGAACAAGAGGCCAUAUUAGAAGGCGCUCGUGCAGCAAGAGAAAGAGCAAAAAAAUUAGAAGAGGAAGCAAAAGAACGUGAGGAUUUGCUAAAACUUGAAACAGAACGCCUAUCAAAGGCAAAAAAAGAAGAAUUCAUUUCGCAGGUAAAAUCAUCGACAAAUGCAUCUACUGAAAUCAUCACGAAGCCUAUUGAAAGCACAAAUCCUUUCUAUCGGUUUACAAAUGCAUCAAUUUCUACAUCAAAUUCUCAAACAAAAGAACCAGAAAGUGAUGAUUGGGACGUAGUAAACAAAGACGAAAGUGAUGAUGAUGAUUUUGGUAGGCCAGACCCUAAACUGCUUGCAUCGAAACUUUUUGGGAUAGGAGGAUCUAGUGGAAGUUCACAUUCAUCGACUUCUGAGACUGUUUCUUCUUCAAAAAUUACGCCCUUUUCAAAUAUUUCUCCAUCAGCUCCUGAAGCUUUUCCUUCAUCAACUUCGCCUCCAAUAGCACCACCUCCACCCCCACCUUCAUUUGCACCAACUGCGCCAACAGUCACUCCAAACGCAGCUGCUGCCUCCUCUUCACCUGCUGCCUCUAAUCUUCCAUCUGGACGUGCCGCUUUGCUAAAUCAAAUACAACUAGGAAAAAAAUUGAAGCCGACUAAAUCAAAUGAUCGAUCUUCUCCAUCCGUGACUGGGCGCGUAGAACCUUCAAGCUCAUCACGUGAUGUACAAUCUUCAAGUUCCGGGUUAUCUGGUCCUCCUGGACUUGGUAGUCUGUUCUCAGGUGGUAUACCACCACUUAAAAGUCGCGUUGAGACAGGACGUGCAAAUAAUGCUUCUAUCAAUUCGUCUGUUUCCAGACCAAUAUCACUUGAAAAAUCCGAUCGUAGGUUUUCAACGGAUUGGUAUGAUAGUUUGGCAACUGAUCAAUUGGCAGUCGAGGAACCUUCAUCCAAAUUUAAACCAAAUAUCAAUAUUCAAACAACACUUUUUGAAGAAAAGGACGAAACAAAAUCUUCUGGCGUGACUGUACAAUCACCAGUAGUGAUGGUACCUUCAAUCGAACAAGACGUCGACUUUAAUCAGAAAUUCCAUGUCUCAACUUUAUAUUCAUAUGAAGGAACAGGUACUGAUGAUCUUAUAUUCCAAGCUGGAAUCACCUUUUUUGCACAUCCAUCUAAGGACCCAAAAAAUGCAAAUUGGUGGUAUGGAUCAAUAGAAUCAAGUGGCAAAAAAGGAUGGUUCCCGAAAAAUUAUGUGCAGAUAGUUAAAGAAGAACAAGAAAUAUGUAAAGCCAAAGUAUUAUGGGAUUAUAAAGGUUUGAAUGAGGGUGAACUUGAUAUCAAAAAAGGAAACAUUGUUUCUAUACUCGACAAAUCUUCGGAUGAUUGGUGGAAAGCAGAGUAUGAAGGAACUAAGGGAAAUAUUCCUGCCAAUUAUGUCGAAGAGAUUUCUAGUAGUAGCGUAGCAACUCUUAAUGAAUCUCUUUCAAAAGUUAGAACUAGGAGCCCAAGUCCCACACGGUUGUUUGGUACUAGUCCGAUUACCCCUAUUUCAUGGAUAGAGCCCGGUUUAUCUAUAAAUGCAUUAUCUGAUGCUGGACUUUUGCCACAUGGCCUUGGAUUAAGGCCUGAUUCGCCUGCAGCUGCGGGACAACGUCCUCUUUCACAAACUUGGUCAAGCCUGAUGGACUCGGAAACUGUAGAAACUCUUCCAAAAGAGGAACGUAAAAGACAGGAAGGAAUCUAUGAAUUGAUAACCACAGAACAAAGUUAUCUCAGAGAUCUUCAAAUGAUUGUCGCGGUUUUUUACGGUCCUCUUCAAAAUUUACUUGAUGCGCACGAAUUAACGACGAUUUUCUCAAAUAUCGAGGAUAUUCUAUUAUGUAACACUGCGAUUUUGAGCGAUUUGGAACAAAGGCAGCGAGAUGAAGGAUUUUUUGUGGACACUUUGGGUGAUAUAUUAAUUAAACAUGUAGAUAAUUUGAGAUGUUAUAUAACGUACUGUGGUAAUCAAUUAAAUGCGAGUAAGUUUUUGCAAAAGAAAAGAGCAGAAGAUCACAGACUGGAAGAGUUUCUAAAGAAAAGUCUACAAGAUCCUCAGUGUAGGUCAUUAGAUUUAUCAAGCUACCUUUUAAAUCCAUUACAACGAAUUACACGAUAUCCUCUUUUGUUCCGCCAGAUAUUACAUUAUACCGAAAAAGAUCAUCCCGACCAUGAAAAAAUUAUGCAAUCUCUGAAAAAAGCCGAGGAUAUUUUGGAAAAAACGAAUGAAGCAGCACGUGAGCAAGAAAAUCAAGUAAAAUUGGCUGAAAUUUCCAGAUUAGUUGAUUUAGAGGGAUUAGAAGCGAAACUUGAUUUGACUAGCAUGACACGUUUACUCGGUAAAAGACAAUUUGUCAUGGAAGGCCCGUUGCAGAAAGUCAAAAGUAAUCGAAAAUUACACGGAUAUCUUUUCAAUGAUCUUUUAAUUCUCGCUCAAGAGUCACGUAAUUCCGUUAGAGGGUAUAAAUAUGUUUUGUAUAAGCCGCCAUUACCUCUGAAUGAGAUAGCUGUGUGUGAUCUUCCUCAAGAUGAUUGUUUUCAAAUUAUUCACAAUGCUGAUAAAGAUAAAAUCAACUUGCGUGCAAGGGAUGUAUCUGUAAAGCGGCAAUGGAUAAAUCAGCUUGAAACAGCCAAUGGUCAACCACCACUCAAAGAUUAUAUUGGCACUCUGAAAGUGGUUAUAUACGAGGGUAGAAUGCCAAUUGAUCCUGCAAAGGAAAAUAUAGUAGUCAACGCGUAUUGUCAAGCACGAUUAAAUCGACAAGUAUUGAAGACUAAGUUUGUCAAAGAGAGUAUAUCCCCACGAUGGAACCAGGAUUUGCCCUUUUCAGUCACGACAUUGGAGGAUACGCUGAAAUUGUCCCUCUAUAACUAUGAUAAAUAUACACAAGACUCAUAUCUAGGUCAAGCAGAGAUAUCACUUCGAUUCCUCGAAUAUUAUGGAAACAAUGAAACAGAUAUGAUCACACUGCAACUAAAAGAUGUUCCUCCUGGACGACCACACG